AUGGCUUCCGAAAAGGUCUACCGCGCCAGCACCACGGCCCCCGUCAAUAUUGCCGUCGUCAAGUACUGGGGCAAGCGCGACACCAAGCUCAACCUCCCAACCAACAGCUCUCUCUCCGUCACUCUCUCCCAAGCCGACCUCCGCACCCUCACUACCGCUUCCUGCUCGGCCUCGUACCCCGAAGGUGACUCCCUUCUUCUCAAUGGCGAGCCUUCCGAUGUCUCUGGCGCUCGCCCCCAGGCCUGCUUCCGCGAGCUUCGCACCCGUCGUGCCGCUCUCGAGGCUGCCGACCCCUCGCUCCCCAAGCUCUCCACCAUGCCCCUGCGCAUCGUCUCCGAGAACAACUUCCCUACCGCUGCCGGUCUCGCCUCGUCCGCCGCUGGCUUCGCUGCCUUCGUGAGGGCUAUCGCCAACCUCUACGAGCUCCCUGCCUCCCCCUCGGAGCUGAGCUUGAUCGCUCGCCAGGGCUCCGGUUCCGCCUGCCGCAGUCUGUUUGGUGGUUAUGUUGCCUGGCGCAUGGGUGAGGCUGCUGAUGGAACCGAUUCCAUGGCCGACCAGGUUGCCGAGGCCUCGCACUGGCCCGAGAUGCGCGCCCUUAUCCUCGUCGCGUCCGCCGCCAAGAAGGGUGUCAGCUCGACCUCGGGCAUGCAGCAGACUGUUGCCACCUCCGGUCUCUUCCAGGAGCGCAUCAAGUCGGUGGUGCCCAAGAACAUGGAGAUCAUGGAGAAGGCGAUUUCCGAGCGCGACUUUGCCGCCUUUGCCGAGGUUACGAUGCGCGACUCCAACUCGUUCCACGCUACCUGCGCCGACACCUAUCCUCCCAUCUUCUACAUGAACGACGUUUCGCGCGCCGCUAUUCGCGCCGUUGAGGCCAUCAAUGCGGCUGCUGGCCGGACCGUUGCCGCUUAUACCUUCGAUGCCGGCCCGAACGCCGUCAUCUACUAUCUCGAGCAGGAUACCGAGGCUGUUGUUGGAAACCUCUACAGCGUCCUUAGCGAGGUGGAUGGCUGGAAGGCGUCCGCCGUUGAGGGCCUCAAGUCCAACAUUUCCUUCGAUGAGAGCGUUGCCGGUUUGUUGAAGAACGGUGUUAGCCGUGUGAUCAUGACCAGUGUCGGCGAGGGUCCGGUUGCGACACAGGAGUACCUGGUGGCUGAGGAUGGCACCCCGGUAAAGAGCUCUUCUUAG